CACCCGCAGUACGACUUGCGACAGGUGGAAAACGUGAAACCGGCGCAUCGACAGCCGAGACACGUGCGCGAUUACUUGGCGUACGGGUUGGUGCAAUUCUCGCGAUGGUCGUUCGAUAAAGUCACCGGGUACACGCCGAAGAAAUCGCUCACCACGGAUGGAUGGUUGAUGAGAUUCAUCUUUUUGGAAACCGUCGCGGGGGUGCCCGGCAUGGUGGGCGCGAUGCUGCGACACAUGAUGUCUCUGCGCACGCUCAAGCGCGAUCACGGUUGGAUUCACACCUUGCUCGAGGAAGCGGAAAACGAACGCAUGCACUUGCUGACGUUCCUGAAGCUUCGCGAACCAGGGCUGAUGUUUCGACUCGCCGUCCUCGGCGCGCAAGGGGUGUUUUUCAACGCCUUUUUUCUGUCGUAUCUGAUUUCUCCGCGAACGUGCCAUCGAUUCGUGGGGUAUCUUGAAGAGGAAGCCGUGCGCACGUACACGCACGCGUUGCACGACAUCGACGGCGACGGUCCCGCGAGCGAAUGGGCGACGAUGCCCGCGCCCAAGCUCGCGAUUAAAUACUGGCGAAUGCCCGACGACGCCACGGUGCGCGAUUUAAUCAUCGCCGUGCGCGCCGACGAAGCGUCGCACUCCCACGUCAAUCACACCCUGUCUUCCAUG